UGAAAUAAAGAAAAUUGCACUGAAAAAACUGGAUUAUACAAAGCAUUGAAGAAAAAAAUGCUCACGCCAGAAUUCCAACUCUCGAUUUUUCAUUAAUUGAGAAGAUGACCAAUGAUGCGAUGACAUUAAUUCUGUUUUUUGUUUAACGAUUGAGUGCAAUUCACGUUUGAAAAAAUUCGUUGAUAGUUUGAAAUGGCGUUAGGGCGGAGGGUGAAGAAUUUGCAGUCAUCACUCCGCGGAUCACAGAUUAUUGCGGCGAUUGGGAUCGGAGUAGCCGUCGGAUGCGUGUUUGCAUUUUUGUUCCCCCAUGGAUUCUUCUCCACAAACCAGCUCACUAAAGUCCGCCAUGUUUCCGAUUCUAAUUCGGAGGUUGAUGCGGCAUCAUGUGAAUCGACUGAGAAGAUAGAUCUUCUGAAGUCGGAUAUUAGGAGGUUAUCUGAUAAGAAUGCUGAAUUGAAGAGACAAGUGAAGGAGUUGAAUGAAAAGAUGAGGUUCGCUGAGCAGGGGAACCGACUGGCGCAUGACCAAGUUAAGGUGCUGAAUGAACCACAUAAGGCUGGACCCUUUGGUACCGUUAAGAGUCUAAGGACGAAUCCAACUGUCGUUCCUGAUGAAACUGUAAACCCUAGACUUGCAAAGAUCUUGGCUAAGGUUGCUGUUAGGAAAGAGAUUAUAGUUGCUCUUGCCAAUUCGAAUGUCAAAGAAAUGCUUGAACUUUGGUUCACAUAUAUUAAGAAAGCCAAGAUUCCUAACUAUCUGGUGGUAGCCUUAGAUGAUGAGAUUCUAGAGCUCUGCAAGGCAAACGAUGUCCCUGUGUACAAGAGGGAUCGAGAUGAAUCUGUUGACGCUAUUGGAAAGGGUGGUGGAAAUCAUGCCGUAUCUGGCCUGAAGUUUCAUAUACUGAGGGAAUUUCUGCAGUUGGGCUAUGGUGUUCUUCUUUCAGAUGUAGAUAUAGUAUUCUUGCAGAAUCCUUUCGAUCAUUUGCAUAGAGACUCCGAUGUGGAGUCUAUGUCAGAUGGUCACAAUAAUAUGACUGCUUAUGGGUACAAUGAUGUUUCUGACGAGCCUGCGAUGGGUUGGGCUCGAUAUGCUCACACAAUGAGGAUAUGGGUCUUUAAUUCCGGUUUCUUCUAUAUAAGGCCCACUGUCCCUUCUAUUGAGCUGCUAGAUCGUGUGACUGGAAGGCUUGCACGGGAAGAUGCUUGGGAUCAAGCCGUUUUCAAUGAAGAGCUCUUCUUCCCUUCUCAUCCUGGUUAUAUUGGGCUUCAUGCUUCCAAGAGAACUAUGGAUUUUUAUCUCUUUAUGAACAGCAAGGUCCUUUUCAAGACUGUGCGGAAAGAUGCCACUCUGAAAAAAAUCAAGCCUGUUAUCGUUCAUGUGAAUUACCAUCCUGAUAAAUAUCCAAGAAUGAAAGCUAUUGUAGAUUUCUACUUGAAUGGCAAACAAGAUGCUCUAGACCCCUUUCCUGAUGGAUCUCAGUGAAGAGUUGAAGUCAUGAUAAAGCCACUUCUUCGGUGUUUAUUUCAAGUGUACACAGAUCAUCUCAACAGAGAAUCCCCCUCUUGGAGCUGUGUAUUUUGCGAAAUGUCAUUUGAAACAUCUCAUUUUCCUUCCAAACUUUGUUUUCUUGUGCUACAUCAGUUCUACCUUCUGUUUCAUGUAAUGUAUUUUUUUUACUGUAUGAAUUUCUAUACAUAUCAAAGUUUUCCUGUUUGAUCA